AUGCUACAGGUUACAUUGGAAUUGGAAUCUAAUCCGUUCAUUUUUGCAGGUCAGCAAGAAGUCAGCUGUGCCCCCUCCGAGGCCAGUUCAGACAUAGGCAUAGACAAGGCUGCCCAGCCAGCUAGCCGUGCCCCCACAGACCCCAGCAGCCCCGUUACAGCCGAGCCAGCUAGUCGUGCCUCACGCUUCGAGACAGGUCAGCAAGAAGUCAGCUGUGCCCCCUCCGAGGCCAGUUCAGACAUAGCCAAGGUUGCCCAGCCAGCUAGCCGUGCCCCGACAGUGACAGCAGCUCCCACCCACCCCAGGGACACGUUGGCCAGCGACAACUCUGUGACUGAAUACCCUACUGAUAGGGGGAAAUUCCCUGUAGAUUUAGAAGACGAUGAUGUUAAACGGUACAUUCUGAAUAACGGGCCAUGCAAGCCUGAAGGGCCAUUCAAAAGGGAUGGGAAGGGAAGGUGCUUUUCAAAAGAGUUCUAUAACAAAACAUCCAAAAUUGGAUGUAGAAUUCCACGAAAGUGGCUAUGUUACUCGCCAUCUAUGGACCGGGUGUACUGUGAGCAGUGCUGGCUGUUCGGUGACAGACCGUCUGCCCAUCACCUCCACCAAGCGUGGAGAAUAGGAAUAAAUGAUUGGCAGGGUCUCUCUAAAAAGAUUAAGGAACACGAAUUCUCUCGCUCUCAUUUGGCAGCAUGUGUCGUGUAUGAUACGUGGAAAAAUAAUCUGACCAUUGAUGCGCAAAUAUCAUCUGAGUUUAAGAGAGAGGUGGGGUUUUGGACCGAGGUCCUAACCAGAAUAACUGAUGUUACACUAACACUGGCCUCUCGCAACUCUGCUUUCCGGGGUCACAGAGAGAAAAUAGGUGAUAUAGAUAAUGGUAAUUUCUUAUCUACCAUAGAACUUAUGGCGCGUUAUGAUCCAGUUCUGCAAAGGCUUAUUGAAAGCAAAAAGAAGGUGCACUACCUAAGUCCUCAAACUCAAAACGAAAUAAUUUCAUUGCUAUCGAAAAAAGUGCAGGACACAAUCAUUACAGACAUACAGAAUGCAGAAUUCUAUUCGAUUAUAAUGGAUACUACCCAGGACAUUUCAAAAGUAGACCAACUGAGUCAAGUGUUCAGAUAUGUUACUAUAGCAAAUGAUGAAAAUGGAAACCCUACAGAGGUGAAAAUAAUCGAAAGUUUUUUGGGCUUCCAUGCAGUCACAGACCAAACUGCUGCAGGUCUAGAGAGAGAAAUUCUCGAAUCGAUGGAGAGAAAGGGGAUACUACUUGGGAAGUGCCGCGGACAAGGAUAUGACGGGGCUAGCAAUAUGAGUGGCGUCUACUCCGGUGUACAAAAACGCAUAAGGGAUAAAGAGCCCAACGCAGUGUACAUUCAUUGUGCUGCGCACAAUUUAAACCUUGUACUCAAUGACGCAUGCCAAAAUAUACCUGAGAUAAAAGACUUCUACGACACUGUUGAAAGGCUAUAUGUAUUCUUUAGUGGAAGCAUCAAACGAUGGGAGCUUUUGGAAACACACCUCUCAGUGCCCAAGGCUGGCCAGCCUACACUGAAGAGACUAUGCCCGACACGAUGGGCAUCAAGACAAGACGCCGUCCAAUCAUUGCGGUUCCGUUAUGCUGACAUUAUGCAAGCGCUAACUAAGAUAGACUUGCUCUCCAAAAAAAGCGAGGAACGUGCCGAGGCGACUGGCUUGAAAAAGGCCAUGGAGAGCUUUGAGUUUGUUGUAAUGACUGUAAUACAGGGCAAGGUCCUUGAAACAGUCAACAUUGUGUCCCAAGCUCUCCAGCGCAAAGACGUGGACCUCUUACAGGCGACAGCAAUGCUUGGUAACGCAACCGAUACACUUGCCCAACUCCGAGGAGAGUUUGAUGGCUUAAAAGCGCACACGCAAGACCUGGCAUCCUCAUGGGGUGUCCACAGUCUCUUCAAAGACAGACGCGCAAGGCGCACAAAGAGGCACUUUUCAGAGCUUUGCGAGGACCAGCGGCUCCAAGACCCAGGGGAGCAUUUUAGAGUGGCGCUCUGUCCUGGGGAGACCUCUAUGAAGGGAGACAGGCGAGUGACGGCCAACCUGUCAUCCCUGCUGGACACUAAGUCCCGCCCCCUACAGUGUGCACUGUGCCGCUCCAAUUGA